AUCCUAAGUGAUAAAAAAAAACGAGGGAAUUAUUAUCAUCUUUUAUUAUUUUACGAAUUAAAAAUUAAUAAUUUUAAAAGUAAUUUAAUUUAAUUUGAACCUGAUAACUACUGUGUUAGCUCGAAUUAAUUAAUAAUAAAAGUAACACUUAAACAAAUUGAGUAGCUAUUCAUUUUAUUUUUUAAAAAUUUAAAAAUUGUUGUUCUGUGAUAAUGAAAAGAACUUGUAGUAAAGUACAAAAGGCUGAAUCUAGUAGUUCAAAACAAAUAAAAAUAACAUCUUUAUUUUCUCAUUCUUCUAAUGUUAUGAAUUCAAUUAUUCUUCAUAAAAACUGUGAUGAUGAUGUAGUAAAUAAAAAGCAACUGUCUCCUGAAUCCCAAAAACUUUCUAGUCCUGAUAUUGUACCUCCAUCUCCAGUAUUAUUAAAAAAAAAAGUUAUCAAAGCUAAAAGAAGUUUGAACAAAAUUUUGUCUAACAACAUAGUUAAUGAUAAAAUAAAAUCUCCAAAUAUUGGUACACAUACAAAAAAAGAUUUAAAUCUAAGCAUAAAAAAUGUUGAUAAUUCUCAAGAAGAGUGCAUUGACACUGACUAUCAAUCUUUUACUGGCACUGAAUCAAUCGCUAGUACUAUAGAUGAUGUAGAUUUUUGUUCAGAAUUGUUUUUGGAUGAUUGGAUUACCUCUAGCCUUCCAACAUUUAAAAAUCUUGAUUUAUCUAAACCACGACGAUGUACAGUGACCAAAAUUGAAAAAAAACCUCCAAUAAUUUAUUUAACAUUAAACUGUUGCAUUAAUUCAGAAGAACAAAGUUUGUGCGCUCUUAGUGGUGUAUGGUUUAAUAGUUCUUUUGAUGUUGGAGAUAUUGUAACUGUAAUGGCUGAAAAAUGCACUGAUGUCUGGUCUAUUAAUAAUGAUAUUGGAUUUGUAACUAGACAUUCUGACUUUUUAGUAUCGGGUACAACAAUAGUUGGCUCACUCUUUUGUACCCGUCGUUCAGUUUUAACAGAUAUUUAUAAAGGUCUAGAUUGUACUCCUGCCAUCAUGGUUACUGGAACACUUUUACAUCAAUUAUUACAAACAGUAUUAAAAAGUAAAAUGUUCCAUUCAAGUCAUAUUACAGCUUUAAUUAAUGAAAUUACUAAUAGCUCUGGAUUUAUUCAUACACUCUAUGAAUCUAAUAUGGAAUUGGAUAAAACCAAAAAAGAGCUUAUGGAGUUUAUACCAAAAAUACAAAAUUUUGUUGGAACUUAUAUAACUGAUUUUAAAACAGGCAGAGGAAAAAAGACUUGGCAAGGUGAAAUAUUAUCUGUACAAGAUAUAGAAGAAAAUUUAUGGGUACCUGAAUUUGGUGUUAAAGGAAAAGUUGAUGUAACUGUUCAAGCAAAAUAUAGUGGCUCAAUUAAAACUAUGCCUAUUGAAUUAAAAACCGGCCGAGCAUCAGGUAGUGAAGAACAUCGUGGACAAGUCAUAUUGUAUGUAAUAAUGAUGGCACAACUAGGCAUGGAUGUUGAUUCUGGUCUAUUAUUAUACUUAAGAGAAAAUAUUUUAACGCAUGUUAAAGUGGGUCAUAAAGAAAAAAGAGAUUUGAUUAUGUUACGUAACCAUUUGGUACACUAUUUAAAGUCUAACAAAAUAGUUUCAAAAAGUAUUAAUGAAUAUUUACCAAUUUUACCAGAACCUAUAAAUCAUCAUAAUGCUUGUUCAAAAUGUCCUUAUUUAACAAUGUGUAGCUCAGUAUUAAGUAAAGAAGGUUUUGAAACUUUAACUGAAAACAACCCUUUGAGAAAUCUAGCUCCUCAAGCAAUCAGCCAUUUAAAACCGGUGCAUAUUGAUUAUGUAAUGCAAUGGACAGCAUUUUUACAGUUAGAGAACUAUACUGAUGCAAAUGAUACAUUAAUUGCAAAAACUAGUGAUAUAUGGACACUACCAGUUGACGAACGUGAAAAACGAGGUCAUUGUAUUGCUUCGUUAAAAAUAUCCAGUGAUGUUAAAGAACAAGGAGAUAAAUAUUACAUUCAUACGAUGGAGAAAUUAGAUAAAAAAAAAAAAAAUAAUUUUAAACUAACAGAUUUUUCUGUUGGUAGCUAUUCUGUUGUUAGUACAAAUGAAAGAACUGCUGUAGCUACUGGUUAUAUUUCAUUUUUGUCAGAAUCCACUGUAGAUAUUUUACUUGAUAGGGAUUUAAGUAAACUUAAAUCAUCAGUGUACCAUUUAGAUAUGUAUGAGUCUCAAUCCAUUAUUUCAUUUAAUUUUUCUAGUUUAGCUCUUUUAUUAGAAACUAGUGAUAGUUCAGAUCAAUUGAGACGUUUCAUUAUUGACAAAGAAUUACCGUCGUUUGUUUCAUUUAAUAGAAAUUUAAAUGAUUUUGUUAAAAGUACUGGUCUCACAGAUAAUUUAAAUCAUUCCCAAUACUCAGCAAUUAUCAAAGCUUUAGCUGCUGAACAUUUUGCCCUCAUUAAGGGUAUGCCUGGAACUGGAAAAACAUCUACAGUUGCUAUAUUGAUAGAACUAUUAGUGUUAAUGGGUCGCUCAGUUUUGGUUACUUCACAUACUCAUUCAGCUGUAGAUAAUUUAUUGCUACUAUUAAAUAAAAAAGGCAUAGAUUUUUUAAGAUUAGGGUCUAAAAGACGAGUUCAUCCAAAUUUAAUUUCAAAAUGUGAUGAAAUAGCUACUCAACAUUGUGAUACACCAGAAAAAUUAUCAACUUUUUAUAAUCAAAUGAAAGUAGUUGGUGUUACAUGUCUGGGAUGUGGUCAUGCAUUGCUUCAAAAGCGUACCUUUGAUGUUUGUAUUGUAGAUGAAGCCACUCAAGUAGUACAAUCAUCAGUUAUUGCUGCACUUCAUUCAUCUAAAACGUUCAUUUUAAUUGGGGACCCACAACAAUUACCACCUCUUAUAAAGAAUAAAAAAGCAAAGGAACUUGGUAUGGAUAUUAGUUUGUUUGAAAGAUUAGAUCGACCUUCAGUUACUGCUAUUUUGAAUGUUCAAUACCGAAUGAAUGGUUCGAUUGUUGAACUCGCUAAUAAUUAUGCUUAUAAUGGAAGUCUGAAAUGUGCAAAUGAUGAUAUCAAAAAUGCAACAUUAAAUCUUAAAAAAUGUAAUGUUAAUAGUAAAUGGCUUGAAGCAGUAUUAUCAUCAGAUUUAAACAAAUCUGUUUUACUUUUGGAUACUGAAAUUUUGAAAAAUCAAUCGACUGAAAGUGAUAGCAAUAUAAUAGAAGUAAAAAUUAUAAACAAACUAGUUUUACUUUUAAUUCAGUGUGGAAUUCUAGGAUUAUCAAUUGGUAUUAUAGCUCCUUACAGAGCUCAAGUUGCACUUUUAAAAAAUACUUUGUGUAAUAUAGAUCCAGAUAUUGAAGUAAAUACUGUUGACCAAUAUCAAGGACGUGACAAAGAAGUUAUUAUUUACUCGUGCACAAAAAAUAAUUUUACUAAAGAUAUUGGAAUAUUGAGUGAUAAAAGAAGAAUUACUGUUGCAAUAACAAGAGCAAAAAAAAAGCUUAUUAUAAUAGGUAAUAUUAAUGUAAUGAAAAGUUAUGACACAUUUCAUAGUUUAUUUAACAAUAUUACUAAUGUUAUAAAGCUUCCCCAAGACUGUGCAGAUUAAACAUCUGAACCAUUUUUAAUCAAAUUUUUAUUAUACACAAAAUUAUUGGUUCUUACAAAUUAUAUGAUUUAAUACUUAUGUUGACUUAAAAUUUGUAAUUAACUUGUAAUUGAUGUAUUUUAUAUGUAUUUUUAUUAUAUUAUUUGUUGAUCUAUCAUUCAGAAAUAUUUUAAAUUUUGAAUAUUAAAGAAAUUACUUUUUAA